GAGCGCAGGCAACCGCUGGCCCUGCGGGGACGGGCGGAGCCGCCCACUGCGGCCCGGGGGUGGUGCAAAGGGGCCGGGCCCACUCUCGGGCGAGGCAGGGAAGCCUAGGCGGCUCAGGCCUGGGCAGUAACAAACCGCGGGUGGGCGGGGUCAGAACCGGAAGAGGCGGGGCGAUCCUGUAUCUGGACCUGUCCUAAUAUGGAGCCAGAACGGCGAGCUGGGCUGUACCUUCUCGCGGAGAGAGGGGGAGACAGGUGGAGGAUGCAGGUAUGACAGGGAAGGACAGGCCCAGCAGGAGCUCCCGCAAGCGUGUCAGACCCUGAAGAAGCAUUCAUGGCCUCGGAGAGAACGGGCUUCUGCGAGCUCCGGGGGUAGAAGAGAACAACUGUCGUUGCUUUGCCCCAGCCACCCCUUCCCUCGGAGCAGCUGUAGUAGCGCCCAGGCCCGGCUCCCGGAAGAGACGGCGCCCCGGAGCCAGUGCACUCCUGCACUUCCGCUUUCCGGCCUAGCGAGCCCCAGCAAUGACUGCCACUCUCCGCCCCUACCUUAGUGCCGUUCGGGCCACGCUGCAGGCCGCACUUUGUCUGGAGAAUUUCUCCUCCCAGGUCGUGGAGAGGCACAACAAGCCAGAGGUAGAAGUCAGGAGUAGCAAAGAACUCCUGUUACAGCCUGUGACCAUCAGCAGGAAUGAGAAGGAAAAGGUUCUGAUUGAGGGUUCCAUCAACUCUGUCAGAGUCAGCAUUGCUGUGAAACAGGCUGAUGAGAUUGAGAAGAUCCUUUGCCACAAAUUCAUGCGCUUCAUGAUGAUGAGAGCAGAGAACUUCUUCAUCUUGCGUAGGAAGCCUGUGGAGGGUUAUGAUAUUAGUUUCCUGAUUACAAACUUCCACACAGAGCAAAUGUACAAACACAAACUGGUGGACUUCGUGAUCCACUUCAUGGAGGAGAUUGAUAAGGAGAUCAGUGAAAUGAAGCUGUCGGUCAAUGCUCGAGCUCGUAUUGUGGCAGAGGAGUUCCUCAAGAAUUUUUAGAGCAUCUGACGGAUCUCUGGCUGCUCCCUCCUCUCAUCCUCUCUCCUCUCUCUGCAAAGCUGCCCUACUGGAGCUCAGAAGAACCCUGGGGCAAGGGGAGGGACAGGGCUUGGGGAUGUGGGGCACAGGCUGGAGAGCUUGCUAUUGGAAAGAAAACAGCAGUAGACCUGCAAGGCCACACCCAGUGGGUCAGCCUGGCCAUCAAUGUUAAGUCCCCUGGGCUGGGACAGGUUUUUUUUUAAUGUCUUGAAAUUUAAAACUCUGUGCUUGUAGGAUACUGUAACCUUUUGUCUUUUUUUAAACCAACGUAACCACCUCCAGUUGCUUUACCGGUCGCUGUGGGUCUGGGCGGGCCUGGAGCCAAAAGGUGACUGUGGCCUUCCUCCCCUCCCCCUUCCCUUCUCCCCCCAGAUGUGCAGGGAAGAGAGGUUUCAGGCACUGCUUCUUCUUUUCCCUUUCUCCCCAAGGCCUCCUUGGUCCCAUCAGAGGCCCCAGGGGCUUCUUGGCUUUCUGAGACCUGCCUGAGGAACUGCUGUCUUAAGAUGGCUUGAGGUAGGGGUAAAGUGUGGUAAGACAGUCCCCAAUUGUGCCUAGGAGCCCUCAGUAGCUGGAGCCUGGAACAGAGGCAAGUUCUUGCUCCAUCCUUGUGGAUGUGUAGACCUGCCUCCUGGGGGUCCAUUGCUGCCCAUGCUAGAGGUGGUGAAUCCUUCCCUAGUAGUUGCCCCUGCCAAUCAGUGCACCCACCCUUUGCCUGUCCUUCAUUCUUCUGCUCUUGCACUCCAUGUGACUUUUCUUAAUCUGGUGACCUCACACCCCAUUAAAAUCUUUUCCUGCUCUCUGAA